AACAAUAAGAAAAUCUGUAUGAAAUAAUGAAUGAAAGCAGCAAAGAUAUGUUAUGUUUUAUACCUAUUGCUUUCUAAUAAGAUAAUUAUUUCAAACAGGAUAGUAAUCAGUGGACUGAAGCACUGAGGGUAUGCAAGGAAUAUCUCCCACAUAAGCUGAGUGCCCUUCAGGAUGAGUAUGACCGCACAGUGCUGAGCAGAGGAUCCCAAGACGUCGAGACUCUCUUGAGCCAAGCUCAACAAUGGGAGGAGGCUGGAGAGUAUAACAGAGCAGUGGAUUGUUACACUAAGGUAACUCCACACAUGAGCAAUGACACUACUCUGCUAGAGAAAGCAUGGAGCAAGGCAGGAGAACUGGCUGUCAAAUUUCUUGAUGCAGACAAGGCAGAAGAAGUUGCUCGGCAACUUGGUCCUCGUUUACUUGAUAUUAAGAGAUACAAUGCAGCUGCCCAAUUGUUCUUGGCUGGAGACUUGAUCAAGGAAGCCAUUGAUGCCUUUAUAUCUGGACAAGAAUGGAAGAAGGCAAAGAAUGUUGCAAGAGAAUUAGAGCCAAGGUAUGAAACAUAUGUUGACUCAGCCUACAAAGACUUCUUAAAGAAUGAGGGCAAGGCUGAGGCUCUUGCUGAUGUUGAUUUAACAGGUGCAAUUGACAUGUAUGUGGAAAGUGGCCAGUGGACUAGAGCUUUAGAAACAGCAGCAUCUCAUAGUGCAGAACUUUUGCACAAAUACUUGGCUAAGUAUGCAACCAGUAUGAUCAAGGUAAGAGGAGAACAUUAUAAACCAGAAAUAUCUUUAAAUGUACAUAAAAUGGUCGGUCUUGGGCAUUGCCUAUCAAGCAAAUUGGUGCACUCCCUUCUCUCAGAAUUUCAUAUUUCCCCGCGCCUUCCCCUUGCUGAUGACGUGCUGACCUGGGGUUCCCCCCCAACCUAUCGAAUGGGAGUUUUGGGGAUUGCUGCUGUCUCUGGUGAAAAUUUUAAGGCACAUGCAACAGGGGAAACCCCCACAUUGGAAAAACUGGUUGCUAAAGUGGCAGUUUCCUUAGUGAGGUACACAGAUGUUCUACCUGCUGAUAAAGCUUUCUAUGAAGCUGGAAUGUCAUGCAAAAAUGUUGGGGGAAAAAACAUGGCCUUUUCUUCUUAA